AUGUACGAGGCGGCACGGGCGACAGACAAGGCAACGUGCGAGGUCAACAUCGACAAGAUCGCGGCCCUCGACCCAGCUGCCGGGAAGUACAUCCGCCUGCAAACCCGCCACGAGUGGGCGAUGUACGCUACCCGCGGCAACGUCGUCCAAGACCAGGUCACGUCCAACAUGUCGGAGACGGCCAACAACAUGAUGGGACCGGAUACACGGUCGAAGGCGCCGCUGGAUUUCUUGAUGGACACCGCCUUUCAGGGCCUCGACAAGCUCGCGAGCCAGGCGAACAUCCAGAUCAACAACCCGGCCGCCGUGCACACCCCACACGCGGUGAAAGUGCUUCACGCCGAGAUGGAGUGGGCGAAAACGUGCGACGUCAGCAAUGUUGGAGGAGACACGUUUGUCGUGUUCCCGAGCGGCAACCGCCGCCACUACAACCGCGUGGAGCUCACCUUCGAUGAGGACGACCCCACGAAACACCACUACACGUGCACGUGCGGCUUCUGCAAAAGGUGGCGCAUCCCUUGCCGCCACGUCGUCGCCGUGGCGAAAGCCCGACACCAGCCCGCAAAGCUCUUGGAGCUCCUCGACGAGGGAUACCGCUUGGACAAGGUCCGUGCCGCUGCAUCGGACGAGCGGUACCGCGUCACCCCCCCCGUGUGGGCCGCCCUCAGCGUCAACCCCAACCACAAGCCACCCCUGCCGGUGGACGGGCAGGCGGGCCGCCGCAAGACCAAACGCCAGACCAGGCGCAAGAUGAGCAACGGCGAGUACGCGACGACCUCGCGGAGCUACGCUCUCCACCUGGCGAGGUCCAACGCCCAGGGCGCCUCCGCUUCCGCCUCCGCCUCGGUGGCGGCCGCGGCCAGCGCCCACGCCAACCACAUCGCGAACCUCUCGCAGGGGCAGCCGCAGGGCUCGGGGGAGACGUAGACUGGCAGGGGUGGACCUAGCCUAGCCUAGCCUGGCCAUUGGUGAGGUGGCCGGCACUUGCUACUGGGGGCUGUGUAGUUGGUUCUUGCGCGGUGCGUGCACCUUGUGCGAUGGUUGCUGCAUGUACGACGCCUGGUUUUGGAUGGUGACGGGGGGAAGCAUUUCGACAUCUCCUCACUUAACUUGUCGUUUUUUCGGGGGGUCUUGCUGUCCUCUUGUACCUGUCUCAACAUUCUCCUCUCUUUUAUGUCACUGCCCAUUCUGCCAUGUUCUGGGGUGCGAAGGGGUAUGAGGUGCAUGCCGUGCGCACGUUCCUGCCUGGGUGUUCGUCCGGAGUGUUAGUGUUCUUCAUACAUUUGCUAGCAGUUGUUGCUGUAUUGCUGGCCCAAUGGUUCGUGUGGCGAGGACGGGACAACUGUUUUCAUGGUUUUCUUCGGAUCUUUGGUUCCUGCUGGGUUGUUCUUGGCACCUUUUUUUUGGUCGCGCUCUCUGCUUUUUUUGUUGGGUUUUUCGUAGCUGACGGUGUAGGUAGUACCACCGUUACCGUUGCGUUCCAGGCGUGGUGUAGAAGUGGUGUCGAUUCACUGCACAUGUUUUUCAUGCUCGCGUCGUCUCAGAGUAGUCAUCGGCGCGUGGGCUUCAUGCCAGCGGCCGUAUUCGGGUGAGCCAACCCUCGACAUGUACAUGCCCUUUCCCCCAAGUUGAACCUCGAACGAGCUUUCACUUGUUUUCCCUCGGGGGAUUUUCUCUUCUUUUCGUGGUGCUUCGCGGCUCACUUUCAUGGGCCUUGUUUAUGGGCCUUGUUGCUGGUGGUGGCCUAAUGCCGAAGAAAUCGUAUGGCCGGCGCUUGCUUUCCCGUCCUUUGUUUUCACUACCGCAUACCGUCGGUGCCUCUGCUGCUGCCGUCUGUUUUAUGUCUAACCAAAAUAACGAACCUGUUUUAUGUCUAACCAAAAUAACGAACCACUACUCUGGCCGCCACUAUGUUUCCCUCGUACUCAAUUUUGUCCAACACACAUACUCUGUGGGCCCAUACAUUCGGAAAUACGAUCUUUUCGGCGACAUAGUUAAGAGCACGAAGAGGUACACCUAAAAAUCCCUGCAGCACCGUAUGCGUGCCCAAAAACUGAUCUGCACGUCCGUCCCACCGUUCGACUACAGUAGCAUCACCCCCUCCCUGUCCCACUCUAUACCAAGACGGAAGAUUGCCGACUACAGCAUACUGCUGUCUGAAGUGCUGUCUGUACAAAAACACCAUGAUAGGCAUGGAACAAGCAGCUGGCGGGGCACAAAGCUGCUGUCUGAAGUGCUGUCAGAGUGUGUCUGCGGCCGUACAGUGAAAAAGAACAACCAACCAAAGCCAUCAUAGCAGCAAUUGACAAUCACCCGAAUCUCUCCCGAUCGUCUGUGUAGGCACUGCAGUGAAAAAUAUCGACACUAGCUAAGAAUCGUUCCACAUUGAAGGGGUCUUCCACGAUCAGGCACAAAACCAAUGCACCCGGGUUAGCCACGCCAUCUCUGACGGGUCUCUCUACAAAACCGGUGACGAUGUCAUACACAAAACCAACACGGAAAGUCAGGAAAAAAACGAAAAAAUUUGACAACACAGAUAGAAAUGUUUGUCCGUGCGACACGGGUCGAUGUCGCCCGCAUGCUGCGGUGCCACUGCUCCAUCCGGCGCCGCUGUAGUCAGCCCGAGAAAAACGUCACUCGACCUGCUCCGUCCGUACACGCUCUCGUUGCUGUCCUUCCCAGUCCGUUCCUCGCUUUCUCCCUCAUUGCACUCAAGGUUCUUGGUCUGAAAAAAAUAAAAAUUCUCGCGCCGAAUGGUCAACCAGCCUAGUUCAGCUCGUCGCCACCUGCUCCCUCCUCCGUUGAUGGCGAAGCCAGGUUACUGAGGCAAUACAGCUCCCUCUAGCAAACCUAGGGCCGUGUAGUGCCCGUCCACCUUUCUGAUGGUGUCUGCCUCCGCGCACAAAAAUGAGAUGGGCAUCACUGCCUACGCCGACAGCCAGAUGGGCCCGCGCAUCUACAUUUUCCCGCCUGACCCCUUCAGUGCC